AUGGGAAUUAAAGGCCGACGAAAGAAACUAUUGCGUCAACAGGCGAAAAAUUCUGGAGAGAAUAUAAAAGUAGACGCCUCCGGCCAUUGUAUUAAUAUGGAUAGCUACUACAACAGCAGAGAUUUAGGUGAAGAGGAAAGAUUAAGCAUCAACUCGAACCAAAGUGGGGAUAAUUUUGUCAAUAAUCCUCCGUCUGGGUCGUUUAACUCUGAAGAGAAUGCUUACCCAUCAAUGCGAAUGAAAAAGAGCGAGUUAUUCCGAAUGCAGGACGAGGAUUACCUCGAUCGCAUCCGGGAAGAACACGAACAUCGCCGCACGAGCCACCUCAAGCCAUUAACCCGAAAGCGCCAGCGUAGCAGCUCGACAAUGAACGGCGAUUCAGGCGAUGACAGCGACGACGCGAGGGUGAUCGACAUCACGCGCCGCUACCUCGGCCACCGCUUUCACUCCGGCGCGCUUCUCCACCCAUCGACCCCUGUAGGACGAUGCCCCUCUCCACCCGAAGAACCUUUUCCAGCCGAGGGCGAAGAGUCGAUCCCCACGGCUCCCCCUUCCUCCUCGGAGGAGGGGUUCGCCCACCCUUUGAUAGGGCUCGACCCAGUCCUCGUCACCGCUCUCCACGCUGAGGGCUUUUACCGCAUGCGGCCGAUCCAGGCACGCGCGAUGCCGUACGUCCUCGAGGGCUACGAUCUUCUCGGGCAGGCCCGCACGGGCUCCGGCAAGACCCUCGCCUUUUGCGUCCCCCUUCUGCAGCUCACCACAUGGCGCCGGGCCCCCUCCCUCCCCUCCCCCUGCACGACUUCCGCACUGAUUCUCAGCCCCACCAAGGAGCUCUGUGUGCAGACACACGACGUCCUGCGACGAAUCGGCCAGCACCUCCCGGAAGGGAUCUUCUCCCUCCAGCUCAUCACCGGUGGGACGAAAAUCACGGAGGAGCGGAGGCGGCUUGUUAUGGGGGCCGGUAUUGUGAUCGGCACCCCUGGGCGUGUGCGGGAUCACGUCCGACAUUGCCCCGGGUGGGAUCUCUCUCGACUGCGGUUUCUGGUCUUGGAUGAGGCGGACCGCAUGCUCGCGGAUGGCUUCCGGCGCGACCUCGACGCCACGAUCGAGCGACUCCCGAAAAGUCGACAAACCCUGCUCUUCUCCGCGACCAACUCGAAGUCGGUGGAGGAUCUCGCACGACUUUCGCUUACUCGAACGCCGAUCUUCAUCGAUACGGCGGGGGAAGCGCCAAUUCCAAUUUCAGUGAUGGGCAAUGAUGGCGCCGAUCUCGGCCUCGGCGCCGUCGCGCUGCCGCCCUAUCGCCAUUUUGGCGAGGUGUGCACUACGGCCGCGGAGGAGGAAGAGGAAGAGGCUUGCGAAGACAGCAGCAAUCACAACUCUUCACCAGCGGCAGAGGAGGGGGAUGCCGCCGAUGCGAUUCCCUCCACUUUAUCUCAAUUCUGCCGCGUAGUGCAGCUGGAGGAUCGCCUGCGGAGCCUCUAUGUCUUCGUGAAACGGGUGGCGCGUUCGUCGAAGGCGAUGGUGUUUUGCUCUUCCGUCGCCAGUACCACGUUCCAUUUUCAGAUGAUGGGCUCCGUCGGUUUCCAUCACGAUGUGAUGAUGCUGCAUGGGCACAUGAAGCACCGGCAACGUCUCGCAGUUUUUCAGGCCUUUCGGAAUAGUGAGAAUGGCGUUUUGUUUUGCACGGACGUAGCGGCCCGUGGGUUGGACAUACCGAAGGUCGAGUGGAUUCUGCAGUACGAUCCUCCAUUGGACCCGACUGAGUACAUUCAUCGUAUCGGGCGUACGGCGCGUGCUGGAAAUAUCGGAAACUCCUUGCUUUUUCUGGCAUCCGAGGAAGUUAACUUCAUCCCAUACCUGAGUCGUUUUGGCAUAAAACUAGAGGAGUACCCUAUGCCCACAAAACUUCCCGAUAUUCAGGAAAAGCUUAACCAUGUGUUACAGCUGGAUGAAAUGGUGGCGAAGAGUGCUGUAAGCGCUUUCCGUGCUCACGUGGGCGCUUAUCAGAGUCAUAUCCUCAAGGACACCUUCAACGUGCACCAGCUUAACUUGGAUCGUCUCGCCAUCUCCUUUGCGCUUACCACUACACCACACAUCACCCUUCCCAAGAACGCAGUAGAUUUGAAGAAGCAGGAGUAUGUCAAGGGAAAGCUAAAGUCUUUGAACCGCCGGAAACUUAACGCACUGAAGUAUUACGAGGCACACAAGACAAAACCACAGUGGGAAAAUGGGGUGUUUAUAGGGAUCAAAAAAAUGGUGUAA